CUGCCAAGAGAAGCCCGACGCAGGAGGGUUGUUCUGAGCUCGAGUCAAAAGGGUGCUCUGCAAGCAUCGUUUGAGCAGAACCCCUACCCUGGUAGGGCCAGAGAAGAACUGGCCGAAGCAAUUGGCAUUCCAGAAUGUAGAAUCCAGACUUGGUUUCAAAACCAGAGAACACGGCAGCUGAGGCAGAGUCGACUCAAGUCCCGAGGCUCCUCAGGAGAACAGCAAGUGCAGACUGAGGAAGGGCCUCGUCCUCACGCUCAGGAACGCGUCCCCAAGGAAGGCCGACGAAAGUGCACGGCCAUCACCGGCGCCCAAACCACGAUCCUCAUUGGAGCCCUUGAGAAGAGUCAGUUUCCUGGAAUUGCCACCAGGGAAGAACUGGCUACACAAACAGGCCUCCCGGAGGCCAGAAUUCAAAUCUGGUUUCAGAACCGAAGAUCUCGGCACCCA